AUGGAUCCUCUUCCAGAGCCCGCUCUUCCCCUUCUCAUACCAAAUACGAAAACAUACGGUGGCAAUGCAGCUUUCCAUAAUUUCAAUAAUGAUUACUCUCAUAUCGUCAAUCCAAACUUGAGGAGGAGAUUGGCGUUGUCUGAAAUCGAUAAGGUUCCUUUCGGAUGGUAUCACGUUCGCGCUGUCGUAGUGGCUGGUAUUGGAUUCUUUACAGAUUCAUAUGACAUAUUUGCUAUCAAUCUUAUCACAUCAAUGCUCGGUAUGGUCUUCUGGCAAGGUUCACCUAGUACUGGAGGCAACUAUGGUGUCCUUCCCACGGGUGUUAACACCGCGAUAAAAGCCGCAACUUCAGGUGGUGCAGUCAUUGGUCAAGUUGGCUUUGGAUGGUUAGCAGAUUCAAUCGGACGAAGAAAGAUGUAUGGUGUCGAACUCGCUAUUAUCAUACUGGCCACACUGGCUCAAACCUUGAGUGCAUCAAGUCCCGCUAUUAGCAUGACUGGUGUAUUCAUAUUUUGGAGAAUCGUGAUGGGUAUAGGUAUUGGUGGUGACUAUCCAUUGUCAGCUGUUAUAACUUCAGAGUUUGCUCCAACUCGUUGGAGAGGAGGUAUGAUGGCAGCGGUAUUUUCAAUGCAGGGCGCUGGUCAAUUUGCUGCUGCUCUCGUCGCUCUUAUAACCACGGUCGCCUUUAAAAAUUCCUUUAUAAACACUUCACGCACUUUCGAUAGUUGCGAUCCGGUUUGUCAACUUGCUGCCGAUAGAGCCUGGCGUAUCAUUGUGGGAUUUGGGGCUGUUCCCGCCUGUUUCGCUUUCUACUACCGAAUCACGAUUCCCGAAACUCCACGAUACACAUUCGAUAUAGCUCGUGAUAUUGAAAAGGCGGAUGCAGAUAUCAAAGCAUACAUGAACAAUGACGCCGAAGGACGAGUGGAUCCUGUUUUACAACAAAAGACAAAAGCAGAUCUCGGUCAAAAUCUGUCACAGCCGAGUGCCUCUUGGUCGGAUAUCGGACAUUACUUCUCUCAGUGGGAUCAUGCAAAAUUUCUUAUAGGUACGACACUUUCUUGGUUCUUCCUCGAUCUGGCGUACUAUGGUCUUGGUUUGAAUGCCAGUACAGUGUUGGCUGCAAUUGGGUAUGGCUCCGGUCCCACACUGUACCAUAUUUUGAUACACGCUGCAACCGGUAAUUUGGUACUGGUUUGUGCCGGCAGUAUACCUGGAUAUUGGCUCAGCGUCUUUACAAUCGAUACGAUAGGUCGCAAACCUAUACAAAUCUUUGGUUUCGCCAUUCUCACUCUUAUAUUUUGUAUUAUUGGCUUUCUUUUCAACUCCUUAACAAGAGGUGCUCUACUCGCUUUGUAUAUCCUGGCUCAAUUAUUCUUCAACUUUGGCCCCAAUACCACAACAUUUAUCAUACCAGGUGAAUGCUUUCCCACUCGAUAUCGUUCCACAGGUCAUGGUUUAAGCGCAGCAAGCGGUAAAAUCGGCGCAAUUAUCGCACAAGUUAUCUCUCAACCACUACUAGCGAAAGGCGCAUCUCCCCACUGUGAAGGCGCAGACUGCUCACCAUGGCUCAACCAUCUCAUGCAAAUAUUCGCACUCUUUAUGCUAUGCGGUACAAUCGUCUCAUUCCUCGUCCAAGAAACCAAAGGUCGAACCCUGGAAGAAUUAGCUGGUGAACCGAAUAGCUCACUCGAUUCAAUCGCGCCAACUGGUACUUCAUUCUGGGCCCGCAACAAUCCCUUUACCGGAGGCAAGCCAGCAGGAUUCUCGCGCAACCUGAAAAAAAUGACAAGUCCAAUUCUCAUUCCUAAAUCCCCUGGAACCAGAGGAAAACGCGAGAGGGUGGGUAUUAUGACGAGUACAGAGUUGCUGCCUAGGAAGCAUAAUGAUAGUCCGAAGAUUUCAAGUCGUGGUCAUACGAGAGGUGGUAGUGGUGAUACGAGGGAGACGAGGGAGACGAGGGUCGAGGCUUAUGUGCAUGAGGUCGCGGAGGAUGAGAGGAAUGCUAGUCUAGGAGGUGCGGGGUAUGGAUUGAAUGGGGGGGUAUUGCCGGGUUGGGGUACGGGAUGGCAGGUUCAGAGGGGUGGUCUUAGGGGUGGUGAGAGGGUGGAGAGUAUUCAGUUGAUGGAUGUGGGAAAAUUGUUGAAGUGA